GGGUCAGUUCGAGGAUGAGUCAGUCUCCAACGCACUUACAGCAGUUGACAUCAUUAACUUGGAAGAUGAAGAUAACGACAUGAUUGUGGGCGUGGCCGGGGCUGACUACCCAACCUAUUCCCGGGUGCCCGACACAAGCUUCAGGUGUGAGGACCAGGAGACACCAGGUUACUACGCUGACGAGGAGGCUGAGUGUCAGGUCUUCCACAUCUGCGUGUCUGAGGGACGCCGCGUGAGACAGUACUCGUUCCUGUGUCCCAAUGGCACCGUGUUCAGCCAGCAGUACCUCGUGUGUGUCUGGUGGUACAGUUUUCAGUGUGCCUUGGCGACCUCCUUCUUAGUAUCAACGCUGAUAUUUUUGGUGAUGCGCCACAGAUAGGAGGACAGCCUGGCGUUGGAGGAGGACAGCCUGGCGUUGGAGGAGGACAGCCUGGCGUUGGAGGAAGACAGCCUGGCGUUGGAGGAGGACAGCCUGGUAUUGGAAGUGGACAGUUUGGUAUUGGAGGAAGACAGCCUGGCGUUAGAGGGGGGCAGCCUGGCUUUAGAGGGGAGAGCUUAUGUUGGAGGAAUACAGCCUGGUAUUGGAAGUGGACAGUCUGGCGUUGGGGGGACAGCCUGGCGUUGAGGAAGACAGCCUGACGUU